CCCUCCCCCUCCCAAAGGCUGACCUCGAGUGAGUCAUGAAGUUCCUGGAUGCUCAUGGGAUUGAGAGGGAGGUUAACCUCCCCCAUCCGGACGGUGCUACCCUCCUUGAUGGAUGCUUUUCUGACCGUCUCUACUACUACUAACUUACUACACCCCCUCCUGCCCACCAACCACACGCCCCCCUUUCUUCUGCUUGUAUUGGUCUCAUCCCCCUCCAUCUUCACAUACUUAGCUUCCCACGCCUUAGCUUCAUCGCCACCAAGUCUUGCCUUUUCCCUCCCUCCUUUUCAUUAAUUAAUAAAAUGUAUCCAUUCUUCUUGUAAUUUAG